GGAGUCGCGAUGGGCAACACGGUGCACAGGACCUUGCCAGACCCCAGCCCUCCGGCGCGCAUGCUGGCCACCCGGCCGUGCUGUGGCCCCGGCCCCGAGCGGCGCGCCGUCCUGGGCGAGGCACCGCGCUUCCACGCGCAGGCCAAGGGCAAGAACGUGCGGCUGGACGGUCACUCGCGACGGGCUACACGGCGCAACAGCUUCUGCAACGGCGUCACCUUCACGCAGCGGCCCAUCCGGCUGUACGAGCAGGUGCGGCUGCGCCUGGUGGCCGUGCGCCCAGGCUGGAGCGGUGCGCUGCGCUUCGGCUUCACGGCGCACGACCCGUCGCUCAUGAGCGUGCAGGACAUCCCCAAGUACGCCUGCCCAGACCUGGUCACGCGGCCCGGCUACUGGGCCAAGGCGCUGCCCGAGAACCUGGCGCUGCGCGACACCGUGCUGGCCUACUGGGCCGACCGCCACGGCCGCGUCUUCUACAGCGUCAACGACGGCGAGCCCGUGCUAUUCCACUGCGGUGUGGCCGUGGGCGGCCCGCUCUGGGCGCUCAUCGACGUUUACGGCAUCACCGACGAGGUGCAGCUGCUCGGUACCCUGCAGUCCAGCCCUGCCACCAUGACGCCCUCAGGGUCCUUCAGCGGCUCCCAGGAUGACAGUGAUUCAGACGUGACCUUCAGUGUCAACCAGUCAUCCUCAUCAGAGUCGUCCCUGGUGACCGCCCCCAGCUCCCCACUGAGUCCCCCGGUGUCCCCAGGGCUCUCCCCGCCCGAGCCAGCAGGCAGCAGGAACGGCGAGUGCACCGUGUGCUUCGAUGGCGAGGUGGACACGGUCAUCUACACGUGCGGACACAUGUGCCUGUGCCAUGGCUGUGGCCUGCGGCUCAAGAGGCAGCCCCGGGCCUGCUGCCCCAUCUGCCGGAGGCCCAUCAAAGACGUCAUCAAGAUCUACAGGCCGUAGUGGCCAGUGAGCCCUGGCCAGAGCAGUCACCAUCCUGCAGCCCCACUGGGCUGGGCAGCCACCUGGGCCACCGAGGAGUCUGAGGGCAGGAGCCCUCCCUCACCUGCACUCCCCAGUGGUGGGCAGGAUGCAGAGUCCUGGGGUCCGAGCCCAGCUUCUAGCUCAGAAGGUCUUUGCCCCCAAAGGCCGUCCAAGAGCAAGCUCAGGAACUGCCUGGCAGGUCCCCAGUCCCCCGGACCUUUCAGCUGGGACACGCGCCCUCUGACUGUGCAGUGCUUCUUUCUGGGGGUGGACGGAUGGCUGUGAGAGAAAAGGGGGGGAUGGGAGCAGGCUGUGUCCUGGGCAGGGCUGGCUGGGGUGCUUAUUUAACGCUAAGGGAUGUGCAAUCUGGAGCUCAGAUUUUAGCAAGGCUGACACCUUCCGCUCUCUGGGGAUGUGACGCAGCCACCUUUGAAUGUAAGAGGCCUGAACAGAGAACUGCAAGGACGGGCUGAGGAGAGAGCCGUUUGCCUGGGAGGCAAAAAUAACUCAUUGUUUACAGCAGAAGCCGGAGCAGCUCCUCCGCUGGUGGGUGGCGUUCCCAGGGCUCCUCUUGGAGGCACAUCUGGGGGGUUGCAGCAGGGUGCUCGGGAUGUGGCAUCCUCUCACGCUGGCACCUGACUCCCUGGCAAGAUGUUUCGGCCUUUCGAGGGCCCUCCCUUCUCCAGGGAGACAGGGCGGCUCUGUGUGGGAGGGGAGGGGAGAGGAGGGCCUCUGAGGUGGGCCACUCACUUGGCCUUGGAAAUGUCACCCUCCAUAUUCCCUGGGCUGACGUUUACGGGGCCGUGGGCAUUCCCAGGGGGCAGGAGCAGGAGGAACCAGGGCUUUGUGGCCGGUGCUUGUCUCGAUUUCCAGCUGAUCUUCUCCUGUGCUGGUUGCCAGGUGUCGAGGGCCAUGUCCACUAAUAACAGAGACAUCAGCUGGAAUCCCAGGCUCUGGGACCCCCCACCCUUAGGCCAGCCUGCUGGAAGUUCCUGGGGCCCUGGCCCUGCCCACCCCUCGCCCAGGCCCAGCUCUGUCGACACCCAGACCUCACUGGGGCCCAGGGAUGGCUCAGGCCACCCCUGUCUUCUUGUCCCUGGGCCACUCUGCUCGGGCCCUGUUUCUGUGUCCCUAACUGGAAGUGCAGCGCUGGACACUCUAGGGAAGCCUGCACAGGUUCUAGAAAGCUGAGACCCUUGCAAUGAGCAGUGUGUGUUUUUCUCUCAACUCCUGAUCUGUUCUGGACGUGCCAAGAGAGGGGAGGAGAGAACUGUGCAGGGAGCUUGUGAGCUCACGAAGCCGCAGUUCCCGGGAGCCGGGCGGGCCAGCGCGGGAGGUCAGGUUCCCCAAGACCAGUCCAUGGCCUGGGUGCUCGAGGUCUGGGUCAACUGCUGUCUCCGGGUGGGCGUGGCCGUGGGUUUCUGACCUGACCCCGCCCCCCUCCCAGCCAGGCCUCGGGUGCUGGCUCUGCCUGGUGAGUCGCGCCCACAUCUGGAUUCGGCAGCAGCAUCUCUGACAGCUCUGGAAGCCCAGGGAAGCCCUGGUAAGAGUUUGAGGAUCCAGGCAGCCCUGGGGCCCCGGCCCAUGGCAUGGCAGGCAUCUUGUGCUUCCCCUGUGCUGGGAGUGGGCCGAGCCUUGCGCAGGCCCUGUGGUCUCGUCACCAGGGACAGUGCUCUGCAGGCAUCGUCCCCCUGACCAGAUUUGAGACUCAGUCACAUACCCCAGUGGUCUGAGAAGCUGGGGGACCAGCCCUUGCCCUUCCCCGCUGCCCCCUGGCGUCCUAGCAGGGGUCACAUACACCUGCCACCAGGAACCCAGUGACAGGGAGCCUGGGCCCCAGGAUGGGCCAGGUGUUCUCCCGGUGACCUGUUACCUGGGAGGAAGUGAGGUGGCCUGCUGAACCUGCUCUGCAGCCACUAUAAAUAGCCUCCGUUUCCAAGGGCAGCAGAGGGUGUUCACGCUCUGGGAGGCAGACGCUUCCGGCUGUGCGCUAGAGGGCUGGCUCUGGUGCUUCCAAGGGACACACGUGGCCCCCGCCGGGGUGUCUUGGGAAGGGGACGGGAGGAAGAAGAACCACUUUUCUUUAUUCACACCCACUAUGUGCCUUGGCACUGGGCCAGAGAAGCACCUGCACGUGGUCACCCUGGGAAACAUGAGCCCUGUGGUGUCACAUCUGAGCCCCUGGUGGGCGCGCCACUAAGAAAACACUGCCAAUCUUCACGCAAGGUGCUGUGAACGCACAGCCCACUCCUGCCCGUCCAGCAGGCCUGGGGAAGUGUGCAGGGGGCCAUGGUCCUGCGUCCCUGCCUGGCAGGUGAGAACUGGCGUCCCAGGGAAAGGGCCCACAUGACAGAGGGGGCAGGGCUGGGCUUCUGGCCCAGGAGUGUCCUGGACACCGUCAGCAUAGGCUGGGCACCGGCAGCCCCUCUGUGCCCAUGCCCAGAAGGAACCCAUGACCUCUCCUCAGGCUCCUGUGCUCACCGCCUGCCCCCUCCCAGGGGGACUGAGCUACCCAGGCGGUGGCUCCAGCCCUAGGUCUUGGGUUACCUGGAUGCCCCAGGGGGCAACUCUGGGAGAGGCCCAGGGCGGGGCCUUGUCCCAUCAGCUUCCUGGGCUGUGUGACCCCAUCCUAGCUGCCCCAGCCUCCUGUUCUCCAGGCUCACCCCUGUGUGCCCUUCCAGACUGCAGCAUCCAGGGUUCUGGGGGCAGCGGGGGAGGCCAGCAGACGCCUGUUUGUUGUGACCUUGCCCCUGCCUGCUUGGAGCUCCUGCACAGCUGGGCUGCUCCUGAGCAAAGCAGCCCCCUAUUCUCCAGUGCAUCCUGGAGGGGAUUCCUGGGCCUCAGCCACUAGGGGUGUCUGCUCCCUGUGCCAGCCACCACCCAGCUCCCAGCAUUCCACCCCGCUCCCCAGCACAGGCUGUUGUGGACGUGGGGCUGAGAACUGGGACCAGAGAGAGGCUGUAAGGAGCUCUGGAGGAGGACGGGCCAGAGCCCAGCUUGUGUUCAGUGGCUCUGGUGUUGGGUCCUCUGCUGGCUGUACUAGGUGCUCACCGAAGGGUGCAGAACGGGCAGAAGCCUGGUGACGAGGGUCCCUCAGCUCGUGCUCACAUAGUCACUCAGCAAACGUCUGCCGAGUGCUCACAGAUGUGAGAUGCAGGGUGCUGGGGGAACGGGGCAGGGGAGGUGCCCACCUGACACCGGAGUGGAGCCCAGGGCAAUGAGGCCUUAGGGAACCCCUGGGCUUUCUUGGCCGUCCUGCUGCCUCAGGUCCACUUAAGGGAACCCCCAGCAAUCCCCUUGGAGCAGAGCUGCCUCGUUAGAAAUAUGGGGCACCUGUGGUCAUUGAGCUGCCGCCAAAAUGGCCUUAGGCAGAGCCCCAAAGGCCCCACCCGCCAAUGGCCACCUUGAGGUCCUGCCAGGGAGACCUGGGAGCUGCUCACUGCUGCUUUCUGGCCCCAGAAACCGUCCCACGUCCCAAGGCCCCGGAGAACCCUGAGUAGGUCAUUCCAGACGAGAAUUGGGUUGUGCGAGGCUGUGGUGAGGGAGCGGCACUGACCCCCCCACUGCCCAGCCCUGUCCCAGCUCUGGCCUGGGGUUUCCGGCUCAGGAACACACGACCUCUCGGCAUUUCUUGGAAGUUGUCUCCCUGUCUCCUCCAAGUCCCUGACAACAUGACUCGUGCAACAAUCUGUCUGUGCCUUAUGAAAGUGUCUGUGCACUUUUGAUCCUUUUCUAAAGCAACUUUUAACAGUGGACGGGGGCCCAGCAGACAUGACAGGGUCCAGAAACCUGGGUUUGGUCACCAAGACCCGUUUAUGUGGUCUUUGAUAGCAGAGGGAGAGCGCCUCCACCCGCCCACUCCCCAACCUGUGUACAGACCUUUUUAAGCGUCUCUGUCUCUAUCUGAUUCAAUACUGUGACCUCUCCAUACGGUCUACACUUUGGGGAACUGAAAUAAAGUUUUAAAACUUGGGGGAGUGGGUUGGGAAGGGUUUGCACUGGUCUUUGUGUUUUUGUGUGUUGUGUGUUCUGAUUUUUGUGUGUUUUUAUGUUUUAUAUUAACAUAAUUUUCUUGUUUGAAAAACAAAUACAACUUUGGCUUAAGAAAAAAAAAAGUG